UCCCGUCGGACUGUUUUCAUAGUUGUACCGGUGCACCUUGAACUUGUCUGAGUGGAUUUCUCAGUUUUCUCGCACUUUAGCUUUAGCUCCAUAAAUAAUUUUUUUCACGAUGUCCAACUUUCCGCAGUUACUCCGAGCCGCGCCUGCGCCCUUCAGGCGGCUCUCUUGUGGCAGAGGCGCAAAAGGGAGCCUCGGUUUCAGUGUUAGCGGAAACUUUUUGCGCCUGCGCUCCUCAGCUGCGCUGUCAUCCAGCCCGAGGCACCGAAACAGACCCAGAACCCGGGGCUACACGAGCUACAGCCGCAGGGAACCGGUCCGGAUCGGCUGUGCCUCCGGGUUCUGGGGGGACACGGCCACCGCAGUGCCUCAGCUGAUCUACAGCGGGAAGCUGGACUUUCUGGUGUUUGACUACCUCAGUGAGAUCACCAUGUCUCUGCUCACCGCUGCCAAAACCAAAAUGCCAAACCUCGGUUACGCUCCAGACUUUGUCCAGGUUGCUCUGGCUCCCUUCAUCAAUGACAUCCACAGGAAAGGUAUCCGCGUGGUCAGUAAUGCAGGUGGCGUGAACCCUCUGGCCUGCGCUGAAGCCAUACAGGAAGUAACCAAGAAGGCCGGCCUUGAACUCAAGGUUGCCGUGGUGACCGGUGAUGACCUCAUGCCUCAUAGGAGCAGCCUGUCUGACGUAAAGAUGCCGGACGGCAGUGGCAGACAGCAGCUGCCUAAAACCCUGCACAGCAUGAAUGCCUACCUCGGGGCCGUCCCUAUCCGCCACUGCCUUGACCUCGGAGCGGACAUCGUGGUGACGGGACGCUGUGUGGACAGCGCCGUGGCCCUGGGGCCGCUCAUGCACGCUUUUGGAUGGGAGAGAAACGACUACGACCUGCUGGCAGCCGGAAGUCUCGCGGGUCACCUGAUCGAGUGCGGCGCUCAGAGCACAGGAGGCAUCUUCACAGACUGGCAUAAAGUUCCCGAUUGGGACAACAUGGGUUUCCCGGUGGUCGAAUGUUCCAGCGACGGCUCCUUCGUUCUCUCCAAACCACCCAAAACCGGCGGCCUCGUUUCCUUCGGCACUGUCGCCGAGCAACUGGUAUACGAGAUCGGAGACCCACGGCGAUACCUGUUGCCAGACGUCAUCUGCGACUUCAGCCAGGUGGUGAUCCAGGAGGUACCAGGUGAUGAGGGGGGAGCUGUCAGAGUAACUGGGGCGCAGGGCUUCGCCCCAUCACAUGACUACAAGGUUUGUGCGACUUACAUGGACGGGUUCAGGGCGACCGCCGUGUGUCCGGUCACCGGGCCGAGAGCAGCGAAGAAGGCCAGAAGAACGGCAGAGAGCAUCAUCAAACGGACAAAGAAGAAUGUUUUAAAACAAGUUGGGACUGGAAGAUUUCAGCUCGGUUAUACAUCCAGGUCCUUGGAGCUGAAGACACAUACGGUGCCAAUGCUCGCUAUAAGGACUCCCGGGAGGCUGUGAUCUGGUUGGCCGUCCACCACAAACAGAAGAAAGCUCUGGAGCAUUUCUCCAGAGAAGUGGCUCCUGCGGGGACCGGCAUGGGUACGACUAACCCCGUUAUCUCCUCUUUAAACUCUCUAAACUUGUUCAUAGUACGCAAAGACCUUUACGAUGAGAUCUGAGGACAUCUGGAUGUGGUAGCAGCUGCUUAUAUAAGUGUCUUUUCAUGGUUAUUAGAAGGAGAACAGAGUUGUCUAUACAGUAGUGAAUAAUGCAUCCACACUGGAGGCUUGUUUAAUGGAUAAGAUUACCACUGUUAGUAAAAUAUUUAAUUACAAAUUCAAACACAGUCCGUAUUCUUUCUCGCUGUUAGUGCGGCCUGAGAAAACUGGGAUACACUUCUUUGCUUGUCUUACUGACCUUAUUACGUCUUACCAUAGAAAAUAUAGAGAUCGUAUCGUUAGAAACUUAUGUUAAUUGAUCUGAGCAUGUAGCAGCAGCUGCUUACAUAAGGACAACAUGAUUAUCUUUCAUCAAAGUUCUCCCAUAUGCAUCCUACCCCUCAGCUGUAAAGGCCUGAUGCGAUAACUCGAGAACCAUGUGAUGUAGGAGCUUAAAAUUGAUGCCACUGGUGCAGCUAUUGAAAAUCUCAGAAGUGUUUUCAAUAUAACAUUUUUAAAUAUGCUGUUUUUCUUUAGAAAGCAUAAACAGUUUCUAUGUUUUAAGGCUCUGAAAAAACAAACUUUUUGUUGCCACUGCUGUGCAAGACUUUGCUUUAACUUUGUAAUUCUCAGAGCUUUUUAAAUAAAGUUAAAACUAGAGAUGGACCAAUCCGAUAUUAUGUAUCGGUAUCGGUCCGAUACUGAACUAAAUUACUGGCUCGGAUA